UCCAAACUACUGCAAGCUCUGUCGAGUCUCAAAAACAGUGUUCCAGCGGGCAAGACCAAUAAAUAUCUUGAACCAUGUAGAUUUCACGUUAAAAAGAAUUCCAAUAUGGCUUUUCAUUAGCUUUCUUUUAAAAAAAUACAUCUCCACAGGACUUGAAUCCACUUUUAAACGUCCCCUCAAACCUUAAGUCCUCAAAAAAUGUAUUUUCGCGGUAACAGAAGCUGCUCUCCUAAGAAUGAGGUGGAGUUCCAUUGUUCCAUUAAUCAGAGGCAGAGUGGAACAUACUGUAAUUAAUAAGCUCACUUGAAGCUACCAUUAGAAUCAGAUAGUGUGGGACCCAUAGGAUUCAACUGGUUGCUCCUGUGAAGAUCAGCUUUAAUAGAAUGGGAGAAGCGUUGUUCUGCACGUGGUUUAUAUUAUUCGCAGCUUGUGAAUGCUGUAGUUACUCAUACACGUAUUCUCAAAUCCUUCCCUCAUUUUGAAAAGCACAUGGAUUGAUCACAUUUAGCAACUGGAAACCUUACGUAUCGAUGUUGAUAAAACAUUCUCUACAUCCGCAGAGGAAUAACUUGAGUACAGAAUUGAACCAACGUGCGGGCGGGGAACGGAGUGGCAGGGAAUAGAGUGAAGUGGACUGCAAAUUGAAUUUUACGUUUUUGACGAAUGGAAUACAUCAAAGAAGACCACUUAAAAGGAGAGAAUCGUCACGCACUGCCCAUAAAAGCGUUUUAUGGUAAAGUGCGUUGUGUUGAGCAGGCGCUAGGACCGAGCGCUCUUGCUGUGUAGCCAGUGAGAAGGUUGUGUCUGUAUCUGUUGCCAGGAUCAGAGCAAAAGCGACAGGGCAGCAUCAGGCUGGCUCAGGGCAACUGGGGAAGGACACACAUCCGCCACCACACUCUCUUGUCUUCUCUGGAGUUGUGUUAGCACACAGCAUUUUGGUUCAUAGGGAACAAACAAAGUUCCGAACAGCAUUACAGAAAGCUCCGUGUGCAGCAGAUUUCUCUGGCUGUCAGGAAGGAUGAGGAGAUGGGUUUGGGGAGAUGGCCGGAGCUGAGCCCUUUUACAGUCAUGUGGAGGAGGCGCUGGGGCUGUGGGCUCUGCCUGUCGCUGUUGCUGCUAGCCCUACUGCUGCUGUUGCCGAAUGGCCAACCGCCCCAGCAAGCCGAGCCUUCCACUAACCGCUACACACCGCAACACCAGGACAGGCACCUCACACCGCAACACUCCCCCCUCGAACUCAUCCCUUUCGACUCCUUCAGCGCCGACCAGUUCAUCGUAGUGACUGAGAGAGCUGCCCGGACUCGAAGGAGGGCUUACCGGCUGCUAGGAGCCGCUAAAAGGGGCCAGGAAGCCGGGGAGAGCACCAGACUGCUGCUGCUUGACCCCCCUCCCCCGGCUGACCAAAGGCAACUCGAGCUCCAGGGACUGGAGAGGAGCGGCUUCAACGAAGUGGUUAGCGAGAGGAUCUCCCUGCACCGGAGCCUACCUGAGGUACGCCACCCUUUAUGCCUACAGCAGGAAUAUAGUCAAAACCUGCCAACUGCCAGCAUCAUCAUUUGUUUCCACAAUGAAGCCUGGUCUACUCUUCUGAGGACAGUAAACAGUGUAAUGGACACUGCCCCGAAGAAAUUUCUCAAGGAAAUCAUCUUAGUGGAUGACCUAAGUAACCAAGGACAUUUGAAGGCAGCUUUGAGUGAGUAUGUAUCCAAGCUGGAUGGUGUGAAGUUGAUUCGAAGCAAUAAGAGAUUGGGGGUAAUUGGAGCUCGCUUACUUGGUGCAGCGCGGGCAACAGGGGAUGUCUUGAUUUUCAUGGACUCACAUUGCGAAUGCCACAUUGGCUGGCUUGAACCACUAUUGGAUCGAAUAGCUCAUGACAGCUGGCACUGCAAUGGUGGUGGUACUUUUGGAUUCCGUGAAUCUUAA